AUGGAUCCUUUAGAUGGGCAAGAUGUCUAUGCAGCAGAAAAAAUUUUGAGAUGCCGAAUAAGGAAAAAGUGCGGGGAUCAUUUAAGACAUUCGAUUGGAAAGACGGAAUACCUGAUCAAAUGGAAAGGGUGGUCAAAUCAUUACAAUACGUGGGAGCCUUUGAGCAAUAUCUUAAAUGAAAACUUGUUUACGGAAUCAGGUUUUACUGUACCGGAAGGCUUUAAAAAUGGCAACAAAAAGGAACUUAGACGUUCUGCUCGUGGUAGGAAGCGAAAAAUAAAAGAAGUAUCAGAUUCUGAUGAUUCUGAUGUUGAUAUUCAGAGUUAUGAAGAUGAAGUUUCCAGUGAAUGCCAUUCAGAAGGAUCAGAAAUUUCUCCAAAAAUGGGCACUCAUUCAAGGCCUGGUAUAUCCUCAACUGGGACAGUAGAGCCAGCCGUAGAAAAUAUGAAGGAGCCCUCAACAAAGUCUCGAAAAAGAGGUCCAAAAAGUAAAAAGAUAGAUGAUAAACAGUGUACUUCAGUUAAUGAAAGGGUUUGUAUUGAACUCGGUACUGAAGAACAUGAUGAGACGAAGGAAGAAAAUCCAAAUGAGAAGGAAGAAGAACUGCAAACUGAGGAGGAGAAGCAAGAAAAGGAAUUAAAUAGGAGGUCUGCCGAUGGAAAUAAGGAAGAAGUUUCGGAAUUACCAUCCAAAGAUGAAGUGUUCAAAAUAAUCAAAGAUGAAGAAGAAAUUCCUUCUCAAACACAACAUAAGGUACAGGAAGUCAAAAAACGAAAAACUGGUAGGCCAGAAGUCUUUGAGGGUCGGUCAGGAUCAGUACAAGUAAUUUCUAAUGGUCAAGAACAAAUGAUCGAUAGAUUGGCAUUUGUUGUUAGUGGUGCAUCUACUAGUUCUCAGAUAUCGGAGCAAUUGCAGCUUCAUCCUUUUGGCGACAGUGAUGAAAGCCAAAUUCGUUUAAUGGCUGAGCAGAUGAGAAAUGAAACACAAAUUUGGGCAGACCCCAACAAUGCACGUAUGGAAACUUUUCAGUACAAUGGGGCUCAUACAAUUACAGAAGUAACAUUCAAUCAACAAACCGUUCCCAUUAUUGAACUUUAA